CUCGGGGGCCCGGGCCGCGUGGGCGCCGGGAUGGAGGGCGCCGAGGGGCGGGGAGCGGGCGUGCGUGUGUGUGCGAGUGCGAGUGCGAGGGAGGCCGGCCUUUAGUGUAACCGGAGCUACAAAGAAGGGGAGAGUCCGGGAGAGGGAGGGAGCGGCGGCGGCGGCGCCCGGGCAUCUCCGACCCCCUCCCGCUGGCAAGGAGCCCCUCGAAGCGGCCUCGGCCCCCGACGCGGGGCCGCCCCUCGGCCGUCGCCCCGCGCGCACCCGGAAUGAUGAAGAAGAACAAUUCCACUAAGAGGGGGCCUCAGGAUGGAAAUCAUCCGUCUGCACCGCCUGAGAAGGUCGGCUGGGUCCGGAAAUUCUGCGGGAAAGGGAUUUUCAGGGAGAUUUGGAAAAACCGCUAUGUGAUGCUGAAAGGCGACCAGCUCUACAUUUCUGAGAAGGAGGUAAAAGAUGAGAAAAAUAUUCAAGAGGUGUUUGACCUGAGUGACUAUGACAAGUGUGAAGAGCUCCGGAAAUCUAAGAGCAGGAGCAAGAAAAAUCACAGCAAGUUUACUCUUGCCCACUCCAAACAACCCGGUAACAUGGCACCCAACCUGAUCUUCCUGGCAGUGAGUCCAGAAGAGAAGGAAUCGUGGAUCAAUGCCCUCAACUCUGCCAUCACCCGAGCCAAGAACCGCAUCUUGGAUGAGGUCACCGUUGAAGAGGACAGCUAUCUCGCCCACCCAACUCGAGACAGGGCAAAAAUCCAACACUCCCGCCGCCCCCCAACUCGGGGACACCUAAUGGCCGUGGCUGCGACCUCUACCUCAGAUGGGAUGCUGACCUUGGACCUGAUCCAAGAGGAAGACCCUUCCCCUGAGGAACCAACCUCUUGUGCUGAGAGCUUUCGGGUAGAUCUGGACAAGUCUGUGGCCCAGCUUGCAGGCAGUCGGCGGAGAGCAGACUCUGACCAUGUCCAGGCCUCCUCAGACCGGGGAGGCAUCUUUCCCCGACCUUGGGAAAAGCUGGAUAAGGGGGCCACCUACACCCCCCAGGCACCCAAGAAGUUGACCCCCACAGAGAAAGGCCGCUGCGCCUCUCUAGAGGAGAUCCUAUCUCAGCGGGACGCUGCCCCAGCCCGCACCCUCCACCUUCAGGCCAAGGAUCCCCCAACCCCCAUCCCACCCCACCCGGGGCAGCUGUCCCGGAUCCAGGACCUGGUAGCAAGGAAACUGGAGAAGACUCAGGAGCUGCUGGCAGAAGUUCAGGGACUGGGAGAUGGGAAGCGAAAGGCCAAGGACCCCCCUCAGUCUCUGCCCGAUUCUGAGUCAGAGCAGCUGCUGCUGGAGACAGAGCGGCUGCUGGGAGAGGCGUCAUCGAAUUGGAGCCAGGCGAAGAGGGUGCUGCAGGAAGUCAGGGAGCUGAGGGACCUGUACAGACAGAUGGACCUGCAACCCCCCGACUCCCACCUCAGACAGACCACCCAGCACAGUCAGUACCGGAAGAGCCUGAUGUGAAGAAGAGGACAAGGUCUGGAACUUGUGGGCGGUGUGGACAGACUCUUAUCUGCAAAUGUUGCAGGAUAAAGUUUUUUUAUUUACCUCAAUGAAAAAAAGAGAACAAAAACACAAACUCACUGCUCUUGCUGUUGCCUGACCCCCGGGGCUACAACCCUUCUUUCCCCGCCUACUUUCCUUACUCACCCCCUCCCUCAGACUUGAGGAAGAGGUGACCCCUACAGCAGUAUUAAGAAGCUUUCACCUGGACAGAAAGAGAGAAAUGGUAAUAAAGACACAACCUGACCAUUUUACACACAUCACCUGCCUCCAAGAUAUAGCAAGUACGUGUGGAGGCUUCUAAGUUUAGAGGGGAGGGUGAAGGGAGGAGGUUUUCUCUUAUGUCCCAUUCCAGGUUUUCAAUCUGAGGGCAAAAUUUCACCUGCCCAACUCUAGUUCUAGGGACGUGAAGGCCAGUGCCACCUGUCCGUGUACACAGGAGAAGUGAAAUUUAUCCCAGGCCUGAGGAGUAUUUGUGGAAUUAAAAUCUCCCCAGCCAGACACUGGCUUCUCACUCAUAGCAGUCUCUAAUUGAGAUUGAGCUGCAAGGUUUUCUUAUUUGAAAUGUUUCUUCCUUUUGUCUCCCACACUUUUCCCAACAUCAAUUCAAAGAUAUAACCUUGGAUGACUAGGACUGGUUUGGUCAUUUGACUGGGGUCGGGGGCCUGGCACAGGGGCACUAGAGACAGCUGACCCCCUGGAAGAACUGAGUUAAGAAUGAAACUGAUGUGUGAUGCAAGCUGGGUAGGAUGAAGGGGAAAACCAAAUGUGUCCAGGUUCCUCUUUCAGCCAACCUAGGGUUUCCUGUCACCUCUCCCCGUCCUUCCUCAAACAUCUCUUGCAGCACUCAUCAAGCCCCAACUUUAGAAAAACAUGUUUAUGCUCACACCACCACCUUCCUAACUACCUAGGGAGCUGCCAAGGCCCCUUGCCUUCUUGUCUGUGGUCAGUCCUACACGAUUCAUUUUGUUUGCUGCUUUCCUCCGAAGUUUCUAAGAUCAAGGCUAAUAAUAGGCAAGAUGUGAAUGAUUUGGGGAAAUAGGGGGGCAGAGAGCUUCAUGAAUCAAGUAAAUGAGGGGUUUUAAAAAAACACUUUGAAGCGUUCCCCUUGCUAGCUUCUUGAUCCUCUUCUCUAGAGCUCCUCUCAUCUCCAGGAACCAAAACGUAGACUUCACUAGGGCUGAGACGGGAGAAGGGGAAGGAAAUGGAGACAAAUUGUGUGUAGAUCCUAAUGUUAGGAAGAUGGGGUAGGAGAGAAAGAAGGAAAAUCCUUUGGUCAAAACACAGACCUUUCAUUUCCCAUUCUGCUCUGACAUUACUCUCACAACUCACAUGAGCAAGAUGAGGGAAUCUCUCCAAGUUAAACCACCUCUAGGGAAGAGGGAUUCUUGCUCUUUUAGUCUCUCACCGCUCACUGUCAUGAAGAUUUUUCCUCGAUCUAGCCCGCAGUCACCUAAGCUAGCCUCUUCCCUGAGGACCAAGUGUCCAUCAUGAGUGAGAGGAAGUACACAAGAGUGCCACCUUAGUGUCAUUCCCAGGCUCUCCAAGGUAUGAGGUGAGAGAACCUAGGUCUCCAGACUUCCUGUCCUCCCAACAGGCUUCACUCUCCAAAACAAAGCAUAGUCAGCAGAGCUGUCCAUUGUCACAAAUAUCGAAAGUCUGAGUUAAAAUUAUACUUUAUUUUUGUAAUCUCCGUCUGUGUAUUAAUUUUAUUCUACCAGCAUUUUCCCUUUUCUCUUUUUCUUCCUGGUCACUCCCACAUAAAAAAGACAUAAGCCAGAAUGGCAUAUGUAUCCCAACAUGACAAUUAUCUGUGGCUCCCAGGGGAGCCAGAAAAUUGAGGAAGACACUGGAGAGAAGAAUGGCAGGUGAGGGGAAGUGAAAAGAAAGAUCAGGGACCUUGGGAGAAUAAGUAGAACUGGGCACUGGGCUCCUCGGGCCUUCAGGCUCCAGCACCAACACCUUCCAGUUCUCCAGCAAAUGCUGGAACAUCCAGGCCACAAGGUGGUGAAAUGAGCCCAGCUUUGAAUCCAGACAGAUCUGGAUUCAAAUUCUGACUGUCACGUUUUGGUUAUGUGGCCCUGGGUAAAAUACAAGCUUUCUGACUGUCAAUUUUCUCAUCUGCAAACUGCAGAGUUGUUGGAUGGGUAAAUACAAUGUAUGAAAACUGCCCGUCAGUCAAUAAAUGGCUGCUGAGACUCAUUAAA